AUGUCUACCACAGUCACAGUUGAGCCGACCCAAACAGUCGCCGCUCGGUUUGAGACCAAGGACUUGGUCGAAUUCGACCCCAAUGUCGUCUACAACGACUGGCGAGAUGAGUUCCACAAGACAGGCUGCGUUGUCAUCAAGAACGUGAUUAGCCCCGAGCGAGCUCAGUACUACUGCGACAAGCAGAUUGAGUGGCUCAAGAAGUUCGAGCUCGGCUUUGAUGACAAGGACCCCAGCACUUGGAACGCCGAUCACCUCCCCGUCAGCUUUAAGGGUGGCAUGUACUAUGGCUAUGGUGCCACUCAUGAGAAGAUGGCUUGGGAGGCUAGAACCGAGCCCAAGGUUGUUGAGAUCUUUGAGAAGCUCUGGGAGACCAAGGAACUCCUCUGCUCUUUCGAUGGCCUCAACGUCUCUCUGCCCAACCGCACAGACAUCACCUGGAGCCCCUGGCCCCACUGUGAUCAAAACCCUGAGCGAAAGGGAAUGCAAGCUGUCCAGGGUCUUCUGAACUUUGCCCCCAACGGCGACAAGGAUGGUGGUCUGGUUUUGAUGAAGGGCUCAUCUAAGCUCUUCAACGAGUUCUUCGCUCAUAAGAGAGAGUCUGCUGAUCACGAGGAUGCUCCCCCACCGGAGAUCAAAUACAUGGACCUCUUCCUUUUCAGCAAGAAGGACGUCAAGUGGUUCGAGGACAGAGGCUGCGAGAUGUACAAGGUCAACAUGGACCCCGGUGAUUUUGUUCUCUGGGACUCUCGCACCAUGCACUAUGCCAAGUUCCCCGAGGGUGAUCAGAUCCGCCACGUUCAGUAUGUCUGCAUGACACCAAGAAAGUUUGCCACUGAAGAGGCACUCGAAGCCAAGACUUACUGUUUUAACAAUUUCGUUGGCACUACUCACUGGCCCCAUUGCAACAUCCGCAUCGCACAAGAGAAGCCAAUGAGGAAUGGCGAGAUCUGCCCCAAGUACCGCACAGAACCAUUUGAGAAGCCUGAGGUGACAGAUCAGAUCUUGAGAUUGGCGGGUGUCAAGUCUUAUGACGAGUAA